CAGAAAGACAGAUGAGAGCAUGAAAAGGUGUAGGAAGGACAGCAUAUAUCUGAGUUCUGAGGAGAGUUUUCUGGCCAAGAUAUCAAAGCUCCAAAUGCUGUUCCUGGUCCUUCUCCUCUUCAAGGGACUUCUCUGCCAUGGGCAAAGCACAACUGCUCCCCAGACUCUUGGAUCACAUCAUGCAGCAGCAGAAGAGCUCCCCUCCUUCCACCUACUCCACAUCGCCUCCUUUGCCAACCACAGCUGGGCCAACACCCAGGCCUCAGGAUGGCUGGAUGACCUCCAGAUUCUUAGCUGGGACAAUGUUGUAGGCACUUUCAAAUAUCUGAAGCCCUGGUCCCAAGGAAACUUCAGCAAGGAGGAAUUGAAGAAUCUUCAAUCACUGUUCCAGUUGUAUUUCCAUGGUUUCAUCAGGGUAGUGCAGGCCUUUUCUAGUCAGUUCCAGUUUGAAUACCCCUUUGAGCUCCAGAUAUCAGGAGGGUGUAGACUGCAUGCUGGGCAGGCCUCAGAGAGCUUCUUAAAUGGAGCAUACCAAGGAUCAGAUUUCCUGAGUUUCCAAGGAAGUUCCUGGGAGCCAUCUCCAGGAGCAGGGAGUCAGGCCCAGAAGGUCUGUAGGGUGCUCAAUCUCUAUGAAGAUAUCAAGGAAAUAGUGCAGACCCUUCUCCAUGACAUUUGUCCUCAAUUUCUGGGAGGCCUCCUUGAAGCAGGGAAGUCAGAUCUGGAACGGCAAGUAAAACCCGAGGUCUGGCUGUCCAGUGGUCCUAGUCCUGGACCUGGACGUCUGCUGCUGGUGUGCCACGUCUCUGGCUUCUACCCAAAGCCUGUGUGGGUGAUGUGGAUGCGGGGCCAGCAGGAGCAACGGGGUACACAGCGAGGUGACACCUUACCUAAUGCAGAUGGAACGUGGUAUCUUGGAGUAACCCUGAAUGUGGCAACUAAGGAGGCAGCUGGACUGGCCUGCAGGGUGAAGCACAGCAGUCUGGGAAGCCAUGACAUAAUCAUUCACUGGGGUGGAUACCUCAACCUUCUCAUUCUGAUGUGUUUGACUGCCAUCAUCACCCUGGUCCUGCUGAUUGUAUUGCACUCAUGGUGUAGAAAGCAGAGCUCAAAUUGGAAAAUCCACUCUCCUUGUCUAUCCAACUCUGCCUUUCCCUGGGGAGCCAAAACCCAGGACCCCAGGAAUCCAGCACAUCAGCUUCGCUUGACAUCAGAAUCAUGGAUCAAAAUGAGAAUUUUGAAAUGGAAAACAAGUCUAAACCAACUAGGGUUACAUUAGCUUACCUUGCACGUAAAUUCCUUGUCUACUCCUUAUAUGUGGUUUAUGACCUCUAAAGAACAUACGAUUUUCUUCAAACAACUUAUUCUGGCAGAGCUAUUGAUCUCUUUGGACACCUUUGCUUUUUAUCUUUCAGUGAUAUCUGUUUUGCUUUGUUCAUAUGUAUAUCACCAUUGAUCCUUCAAGAUGUAACUCAGGUGCCUCCUUCUCAUGGAUGAUUCCAAGGGUCGCCCAAUUGAAAGGUCUCCUAUACUACCCAGAUUGGACUGGUCUUCCUGAAAACACUCAUUUCUUCUUGUUUGAUCAGUCUUUACUUAGGUUUUUCGCUCUUCUCUCUUUUUUAAGAUGUUUGAAAGUAGGAUUUAGGUGUGUGUACUUGUAAGUACAUGGUCCCCUGCUCUGAAAGGACUCAUCUUGGUUUAAAGCUUCAUAAUAUUCCAAGAAAUAUUGCAUUUUCAUUUCACACUAACAUCAUAAAUUUUGAUUCUAUUUCUGCCUGAAUGUAAUGUAUUUCAACAAAUGCUGACCAAAAUGUGUUCACUUUCAGAUAAAGCAAUAUUGUCUUAGUCCAUUUAUUCUUUGAGAUCUCUCCAUCAUUUGACUGUGUGCUUAUUAAAACAGUUCCUCUUUCCCUUUAUACCUGACCAGAGGUAGAGGAGGCAGGCAAAUGCCUCAGACUCCACUGUGAUUAGUGUUAAUGCAUCUUCAAGAUAUUUAAAUAAUAUCAUGUGAGAUAUCACCAGUCAAGCAAGGAGGGGUUCAAAUUGUCAUUCUUACUUCCAGGAGAAUGUGUAUGUCUUUGUUGAUGUGCAUAUUAUGGAAAAAAAAUUCACAUUUUGAGCAAUUAGGAAGACAACAUGGGAUUUGAGGACAAUUUUAAUGGGAAGAGUCGGAGGAAAGGCAAUGAUUGGAAAGAAAGAUUCGAUGCCAGUUUAGCUCUGUGCUUACUUUAUUUUGGUCCAUCAUCAUCUUCAUCAUCAUCAUCCUCAUUAUAUAGUUUGUUUCUCUUCUUUUUAUAUAAAUUACUAAAUUAUCUAGUUGAGUUGCAGUACAUUUGAAUGAGCUUGUUGGAAAGCAAGGAACUAUUAGAAUGCAGAGUUCAUGUAGAUGUCCAUUCAACUCCUUUCUUUGGAUGAGAUCAUAGAACAGAGUGUGAAGGUUUCUUGGUACAAGUUUAUAACUUCAUGGGAAGCAUUUUCAAGUUCAACGGUCAUUUAUGCAGGAUAUAGUAUUUACCUAAGAAGGAAGCAAUGAGGCUGCCUUCCACUGGUGAGAGUCCAUCACCCUUUGUAUGAUGUGUUCAGUUAGUUUAUCUAGGGGCAGCGCUCUCCAGACCAGAGAGGAAGGCAGAAUUCUAAGGGUUGUUUGGAGCAGUAAAUGUUGGCAGUCAAACAUUCUCUCCAUGGUUUAAAUCCAGAAGGGUGACCUCUUUCAAAAUAAAGAGGUUCAAGUACAAUUCUGACACAAGGGGUAUAGUGAAAAAUAUCUUUCCCAUGUUUCUCAUUUAAAUAAUUUUUGCCAUUAUUGCCAUCACAAUAAUUUUUGAGGUCCCCAUCUGAUGCAAGCCAGCUUCCAUGGUUCCAUGCCUGAUCUUUCCUCCACCACAUCUUGUGUUUCUGUGACACUUAAUUUCUUUCUGUCCCUCAAUUAUGUCAAACUUUUUCUCAGUUCAAGUGUCACUUGUAUAGACAGAAAUUUGCUGAUUAGUCUAAGUAACCCACUCCACUUCAGUCAUAUCCUAUUCCAAUAUUCUCUUUAUUUUAAAUAUUUAAUUUAGUUGUAAUUACCUCAUUUUAUGUAUUUAUUGACUUUUUCAUUUAAAAUAGAGGAAGUAUGUCAUCCUAAAUUCCACCUGACUUGAUCACUGUUGUAGCCUCCUGAUCAGAUUAUAGCUUGACAUAUUGGGCCAAUAAAUAUAUAUUUGAAUUGAAAAAUGAUAUUAAAUGUUGGCUUUCAAGAAGAGCUUUUAGUGACACUGAUCUUUAUCUGAUAAGUGAUAGAUUUCCAGGAGUUUCCAAAGUUCUGGUGUCACUUAAAGAUGAAGGUAGGUUAUUACAUUGUUCAAAGAUGAAAAAAUGCUCAAAGUUCUCUCUUUCCUUCAGCUAUUAUCUUUUUGUGUAUUUAUGUAUAAUUGUAGACUUAGGAAAGAGGGAGGCAAUCCCAGAGCAUCUUAUCUGAGUCUUCUGUCCUAAGAAUGGCAAGCCUAGUUACCCAUAAGGUGCUACUCUGGGUUUCUUUUUGCUGUACUUUGGUAAAUCCCAGGGAAUUUCCUAGGGAAGGAAGACUGUUGUGUGCUGUGAUUCUCAGGAAACUCUAGAUCUUUGAACAUGAUAACUUAAUGC